ACGAAAAAAAAAAGAUUUGAAUGAAAUUAACCAAACUAAUUAUAAAAUAUAGUUAAUACUUCUAAAAAUGAGAUUUUAGAUGAAUUUUACUUAAGUUCUACAAUCUAACUUGUUAAUGUAAUAAUUAUAUAAGUAAGGUAUUGGAAUCAAAAGAUUUUUGCAAUCUUUUCAACAGUUGCAUACAUUACUAAUAGAGGAGUGUGGUUUUUAAGUAAUAUUAUAAUUUUGAUAUGGAUAACAAUAAAACAAUAGUACCACCGCAUCUUAAUGCUGAAGUCUACAGGUCAGAUACAACUGGAACAAGUACAUUGACUUAUUUGGAUUAUAUUCGACUUCAUCCAGAUGGAACAAUAUUAGUUGGAUGUUCAGAAUUAACUGGACGCUACUGGAAUGGCGGUGUCAAUAUCACACAGUGUGAGGGUAAAAAUAAAAAAUUUAAUAAAACUGAUAAAAAUAGCAUAAGUCUAACAAGCGGGACAGCGGAUGGAUGUUUUGUUGAAAAUUCUAACAAGGUAUUAUUAUGUGAGGAUAGUGGUGCUCUCAGUGUGUGGACCAGUAGUGACGAUGCAUGGAAGCAGUGGACCGAGGAGUUGUCAGUAGCUGAACAUGAUAAUAUGGUGCUCUCAGUUGACUGUUUGGAAUCCGGAAAAAAAUAUAUUACUGCUGGUGCUGAUGGUAAUGUGAAGGUGUGGGAUAUCUGUGACUUGGUUUGCAUAAGAAAUUAUGACUCGGCUCACACAAUGGCGGUUAACACCGUUUCUGUUAGACCUAAAUCGCACACUUUUGCAACUGGAUCAUUGGAUCAGUUCAUUAGUUUGUGGGAUGAAAAUAUAUUUCAACCCGUUUGUGACAUUGUCAAAAACAACUGUGGUAUUCGCUGUCUACAAUGGUUAGAUGAGAAUCGUUUGGUAUUUGGAGAUGAUGCAGGUGUACUGAGCAUACUGGAUAUUAGGAAGCCAGGAGAUGGUACCAAAUUAAUUGAAUUUCCUGCUGCUGUACAUAAAAUUGCUGUUAAGUCAGGAACAAAUAAACUUGCAGUAUGCUGUGAUAAUAAAACAGUAACUGUGUGUGAAAUUACGUCAGAUAGCAAAAUUAAUACGAUAUAUAAGAAUGGAAAGUUGCACAGUGGGUUUGUUAGAGGCUUGUCAUGGGAUUCGAGAGAUGAGGAUGUUUUAUACUCUGUGGGAUGGGAUGGUGAACUAUGUAAACACAAUGUUAAUGAAAAACGUACAAAAGAACAUUCUUAAUGUAUAUUUUCAUAAUAAAUACAU